ACGUGUUUCAUUUAUGUCAUUCCCAUUGCGAGGGUCAAACUUACAAUUAACAAGAUUCACGCAAUAGGCCAUAGCCCAUAGGGGCACCCACCCUGCAUGUCCUUUUUAAUCCUCGCACUCCGGGACCCAUCUCGGAUCCUUCGCACCGGUCCCAUACUCUCGGACCCGGCCCAUCUUCACUGUCGUGGGUUGGCGGGUCGUUCAUUCUGUCGGGUCACAUGGGACCGAUCCAAAUCCAAGGGCGUCCAAAUGCUCCACCGCAGCUUCUGCAACAUGCGCUGCGCAUAAAAAAGUUCAUGAUGACCACCCAUCACGAGACUCCCCAGAGAGAGAGGAUAAACAGAGGAGAGAGAGAGAGAGUCGUUGUUACUUGUUAGACCCGAGAGGUCUUUUCCCUUAAAUACAUUUCAUUGUCUCCCACUCACUGGUAUGUACCGGCCCAACAGCUCAGUUUCCCAGUCUCCGGCGAACCCAUUUUUUGACCAGAAGAAGCUUUUCUUUCUGAGCUAAUCGGUCAGCAAUGGAAGAACAAUGAUGAAGACAUAGGAAUUCUGUUAGUAGCAGUACUUUUGGGGGUUCUUUGCAUUCGAAAUCCAGAUGGGUUGUUGUGUUAGCACCCCCAAAGCUUCGGUUCAGCAGGCGAAAGACCCGCGUUGCUCGCCCGGAUCUGACCCUCCCAACGGAGUCGGCGGCAGAUUGCCUGUCCUGGUGGAAGAGGAGACUGUGAAGGAAGUGCUGUCGGAGACACCGACGGCGACCAAAUCGGGGUCACUUGCUGUCAAGGUAGAAGAAGAGAAGAAACCCUCCGUUCCAAAACCCUACUGUGCAAAACCCCCAUUGCAGAUGAUUAAUGAUGAGAAAUUGUCCGAUACUCCAAAUCCACCAUUUCUGAAGGUUGAAGAUGAGAUAAUGUCGUGUAUUCCGAAGCCCUCUCUUCAGAAGAUCGAAGCAGAGGUGGCCAUGGUCAAUUCUGAGAUCUCGGAAGUCUCCGAGAUUUGCAGCGUGAGCGAGAGCGUCUCCACGACCACCAUUACCGAGGGGAGGGACGAGGAGGAGGUUCGCCGGAGAGUGGACAGAACCCCGGUCAAGUUUCCGAGAAACCGUUCGUUCUCCGGGGAAAUGGGCCGUCCAGGAAGAGAUAGAGGGGUGCGGAAGUCGCCGGUCUCGCCGGCCCGGCGGCAGGAGCCGUCGCCGGGUAGAGCGCGGUCGGGGUUGAGCAGACAGGCGGGUCAGACGGCAGGGAGGCGCGACGGCAUACGGAGAGACCUUGGGGAGAACUCCGGGCGUAGGUCGAGGUCGCCGGCGAAGGGUGCAGACGUGUUGACUUCCAGAUCCAGAUCCAGAUCCGGUCGGGGUCGGAGCCCGUCGGCGAGGAGAACGGCGCAAUCUCCUGGUCGGAUCCCUCCUCCGGCGCCGGAUAAUCCACGGAAAGCAGCGGAGAGUUGUAGCGGGGAAGGCAAGGAGAAUGAAUCGCUCGAAAAUCCUCUCGUGUCUUUAGAAUGCUUCAUCUUUCUCUAACAUUUCAAACUCAAAUUGGGACAUUCCGGGAGAAUGUCGGGCGAAUAUUACUUCCGGGACGGCAAUGUGGGUCAGAUUGGGUAUGCAAGUCGCCGGAGUAAUGCUUUUCCCGGCGCGUAGUGUUAUGGUCUCAAAGGUAAUAGGGUUACUGUUUUUAUUUUUUAUUUUUGUAAAGUAGGGAGAAGUUGAGUUUAGGAAUUGGUUGGGUACAUAAUGCAAGUAUGAAUUUUAGUUGAA